AUGCCGUCGCUUAAUUUGACAGCUGUGCACACAAUGGCAGAGGUCGGGAGUUUUCUGGGGACAAUCGACUUGGAUUUACAAAGCUUUCCUGCUCUCGGGAAUAUGCCCUUACCGGAGAGCCCAGUGGGCUUGAAUGAGCGGCUGGGGCAGAUUGAAGGGAGGCUGCAGCGGGGGUCGCCGACGGAUUUCGGGCACCUCAAAGGGAUCCUGAGGCGGCGGCAGCUCUACUGCAGGACCGGCUUCCAGCUGGAGAUAUUCCCCAAUGGGACAGUGUAUGGGACACGACAGGAUCACAGCAGAUUUGGUAUCCUGGAGUUCAUCAGUCUGGCAGUGGGUCUGGUCAGCAUCAGAGGGGUGGACGCUGGACUCUACCUCGGCAUGAAUGAGAAAGGAGAGCUCUAUGGGUCGAAGAAGCUGACAGCAGAAUGUGUGUUCAGGGAGCAGUUUGAGGAGAACUGGUACAACACGUACGCUUCAACUCUGUACAAGCACACGGACACAGGACGCUUCUACUACGUGGCCUUAAACAAAGACGGCUCGCCCAGGGAGGGCAACAGGACUAAAAAACAUCAGAAACUCACCCACUUCUUACCCCGGCCAGUGGAGAUUGAAAAGAUCCCGCAGGCGUACAGGGACUUAUUCCAGUACAGGUGACCAGAGCUUACACCUGGAGAACUGGUUACAGCCGCAGGAACAGAAAUACCAGAAGAGGAAAGAGGGGGUGUUGUGGAUAUUUUGGACCUGGUACAGAACUGUUUACCCUCAGCUCCCCCUGAGGUCACUGUGUUUGCACCUCGGCCCACUGCCAAGCACUGACAUAAACAUUGUGCAUGUUCCUGGAUGUCGGCAGAAAAAUUGUUGUAAAACCACUGCAUGGACGGAGGAGGCCCGCAUGAC